AUGAGCCAGGCAGAUUAUCACCUCACGAUAGAGCACCUCUUGGCUUUGUCAAUUUGUCCUAAGGUCGCGACUGCGUUGUUUGCCGUUCCCUCAAAAAUUCCAAAUAAAUACAAAACCGCAGGGAUGGGGAGACGGGGUCUGCUUCUCCACUUUGCAUUGUUCUGUUUGUCCCAUGUUGCAAAAUGUAAAGUGCCCAAUGGAGGAUACGAACAUCUGCAGAGCAGAUUCGUCCAGAGUAAAAUUAACGUCCUGACUUGGUUAACCAACGUAAUAUAUCCAUCCGAAACGCCCAAAUAUUUUAAAAAGCAUUUGGAUUACCGUAAAAAAAGGAAAAGAAGAAACAGCCACUUCGACACAUGUCGCGAAUAUUUCUUGAAGCCAACUUACGACCCAGUCGAUCUGAAUAGCCAAUGGCUCCAAACGGACAACUGGCAGAUCGACAAUGAGAAGGCAGUAAUAGAGUACAAGGGGAAGGACAGCUGCAGAGAAUCAAACCAUCCCUUUCCCUUUGGAUGGCUAGACAACAGGAUGAGCACCCGGACGUCCCUAAUCAAGAGGGACUUCUUCUGCAAGAAAACCAUAGCCCAAGUGGAGGUCCAAAUGAACGACGCGCAAUCGUGCGGGUUAAUUUUUCGCAUCGUCGGGGAGCGCAACUACUGGGGGCUACUAAUAGACAACAAAGUUUUAAAGCUCGUUCGAGUUAGGGAGGGCGAAUUGUUGGUUCUCAAGGAAUUCAAAGAACUGAAGAUUAAGAACGACGAGUGGUACGUCCUAUUUGCGCAAGAAGUGAUAAAGGACAUAAAAGUUAAGGCGGGGAAGUACGGUGACCUGUCCGUUGAUUAUCUCAGGAAAAGCGAAGACGAGUCGGAGUACAGCACAGCUAAGCAGGGCGCGUUUGGACUGUUGGCCAACAAGGGGAACUGCAAAUUUAGGAACAUCGUGCUGCGCGGGAAGAAGUGGAGCACAGAGUAUGAAAAGCUGAAGAAGGGAACCCCUUCCCUGCUAUACAACCUGGAGGAAAUAGAGUCCCUAUAUGAAAAUUUUAAAGAUUGGUGCCCCCAGGCGUCCUUAUGUGAAAGGAGUAAAUACGAAAAUGUGAAUGUAUACCACAUGGAGCAACGCGUGGUGAGUCUCUUCAUCGACUUCUUCGACUCUUACUCCUACAACAUCGUGCACUACCUGCGCAAGGUGAACGGUGCAGAACCGAUAGUGGUGCACCCGGGUGAGAUAACCAUUGAAGAUUUUGUGAGCAAAUAUUAUCACCAAGUGGACAAUGUAGUAAUCUCCCCAGGGUAUGGGAACCCUCAAACGGGGGAAAGCAGUAAAAACGACCUAAUAGCAGGGUUACUGGAGAGGAAGAUAGACAUUCCCAUCCUGGGCAUAUGCUUUGGGCACCAAUUAAUUUGCCACCUCUAUGGGUGUAAAAUAAAAAAAGUAAAAAACAUGUUUCAUGGGGAUACGAAUAUAAUUAAUAUAUGCAAGUACCAAAAUGUAGCUAGCGAUUUGUUUGAAAAUGUAAAAGACGGGUUCAAAGCGACCUGUUACAACUCCCUAAAGGUUAGCAAAAAGGUGAGUGAUCCGUUGAGGAUUACUUGCUACUCUCUUUGUGGAAAUGAGUUCAUAGUUAUGGGCACGCAACAUAAAGAUCUACCAUACUACACUGUGCAGUAUCACCCGGAGUCCAUCGAAAGUGACUUCAGCGAAAUCUUUUUUGAAAAUUUUAAAAAAAUUACACUCAAACGAGGGGGUAGACGUAGGGGCAUACAAGCCACUGUGAACUAUGCGGAGCACCAACUGUGGAGUAAACCCCUGCAGGGGGAAGCUACUUUGGAACAUGCUGCAAAUGGACCGACACAGAAAGCGUGGAAAAUAAAACUUGUAAAACUCUCAGGGGUGCACAACUUGCGUAAUUUCUCGCAUGCCAUUUUUAAAGCCAUUUGUUAUGACCCAAAAGAUGUGUCCUUUUGGCUGGACAGCAACGGGGAAGUUCUGGAUGCCCCUCGGGGGGGAUGCUACUCCAAGGGGGGGAUCCAACACGAUGGAGGUUCCAACACGGAGAGCAGCCGCACCGAUACGAAUCACUUAAAUAACAACUGCAGAUUUACCUACAUGGGAAAUGCGAAAGGGCGUUUAAGCGAACUGUUAGAAUAUUACUACGCAGAGGAGGGGGAAGAGCACCAAAUGAAGGGCACAAUACUUCAGUUGGGGAAAGAGACAAUCGGCGAAUCGUAUCGAGUUAGGCACUACAGUGAGGAUCCGAACAACUGUCUGGUUCAUCACAUGAGAGAUAGGAUAAAUCUGUUUAAGGAUAACUAUAACAUCCAGUUGGAAGAGAUAAAAAUGGAUAAGUGGGAUGGCACCUUCAGUGGGGGAAGAACAAACGGUGGUGAAAACGUAGCAAAUUGCUCCACAUGGGAGGAAGAAGAAGAAGGAGGAGGGCGACCCCCCCCUGAUGGUUAUCCCUACGAAGGUUACCUUCCCAAAGGGGCAAUCGAAGAAGACCAAUUCGUGAAGCAUAAGGACUCCUGCCUUUGGGGCUACUUUGGCUUCUUCACAUACGAAUAUAAUUACGAGACGAUGAAAUUUUUGUAUAAAAAAAAGUGGAAAAAUCAUGCCGAGGGUAGGGACUCGAAGAAUUCUAUCCCUAUUUCUCUUUUUAUUUUCCCUCAGAAUUUUAUCUCUCUCGAUUUGGUCAGUAAUAAUAUUUACUUAAUUUCUGUCGAACCGGAGGAGGCCUAUUUGAAGUCUCCGUUGGGACACUCCCCCCCGUUGUGGAGCGGCCAAGAUGUGCAGGACAUACUUCAGUACAAUGCCAGAUGGAAUGACAGAUCCAUCCAAAAGAUUGUGAGAAUUGUUCAGACAAAACGGGAAAACUAUCAGCAUGAUAAGGUUCCCUCUGUGUGCAUCCCCCCGGAGUGUUCCCCACCCCAUGAGCAGUUACCAAACACGGACAAAGCAAAUGAGAACAAAAUUGUUUUUUCUCCGCUGGUAGGUAAAGACGAAUAUAUGGAGAAUGUAAAACGGUGCAAAGAGUACAUUGAAAAGGGGCAUUCGUACGAACUUUGCUUAACGACCCAAUUUCGGGGGUAUUAUUCCGUGUCGGAUGGUAAUGCACCCUCUGUAGAUUUUCUAAACAUGUACCUGCACAUAAGGGAUGUUAAUAAAGUUUCCUACAGUUGUUACAUUCACUACUGGAGAGAACUCCACCCUGAGUCAGUACCCCCUGAAGUAAGUACCAACCCCGUGAUUGAUGCACAACUGGAAUUCACAGUCAUGUGUUUCAGUCCGGAGGAAUUCCUACGAAAGGAUAAGGAGGACAUCCUCUUUAGCAAACCAAUCAAAGGAACCAUAAGGAGAGGAAAAACAGAUGAAGAGGAUGCAAAAAUGAAAGAGCAACUGCUCAAUAGUAAAAAAGACAGAGCCGAAAAUCUUAUGAUUGUAGAUCUCACCACCAACGACUUUCACAGGAUUUGCCAAACGGAUACCGUUCGGGUCAGCCAAUUGUUUCACAUUGAAAGCUACGCUUAUCUCCACCAAAUGGUUUCCGAAAUACGUGGAAAGCUUCCCUCUGGAAAAAGCUUUGCGGAUGCCAUUGUCAAUGUUUUUCCAGGCGGUUCCAUGACGGGCGCGCCCAAGCCCAUAUCUAUCUCGCUUUUGCAAAGCAUCGAAAAGGCCCCCCGGGGCGUUUACUCCGGUUCCAUUGGGUUCAUCUCCGUGCAGGGCAAUUUUAUCCUUAACAUCGUCAUUCGAACGGCCGUGGCGCAGAACAACGUGAUCUCCAUCGGGGCCGGUGGCGCCGUCACUAUAAAGAGUGAUGAGACGGAGGAGUACAACGAAAUGCUCCUUAAGUUUAUGAGCGUGGCCAGGCCAAUUUGCUACUACCUGAAGGAACAGCACAACGUCCAUGUGGAAUACAAACUUUAG